AUGGCUACCAUACCUACAUUCGAGAACAAAGACGAUAAGCAGGUUGUGCCUCUCUGGAUAAAUGGCAAGAAUCUUCCUGUUGGAUCCGGUCCUUUGAUUGAGGUUAUCAAAUCAUCAGAGGACAAGACCGUCCACUAUGCUCAAUCCGCCAGUGUGGAUGACGCCAAAGCCGCCAUCACAGCGGCCACCGAAGCCUUCAAGACCUGGAGCGCUACUUCUCUUGAGCAUCGCCGAAAGCUGCUACUAAAGGUGGCCGGUGUCUUGGUCCAGCGAGCAGAAGAGAUCGGCAAUACCCAAACCCACGAGACAUCGGCGCCUCCUCAGUUCGGGCAGAACUUUGCCUACGGCGGAGCCGCAACAGUCGAGGAACUUGCGGCGCAGAUCACCACAGCUUUUGAGGCCACUUCUCCUCACACUGAUCCCAACUCGCAUAUUGUAGGAUACAGGAGCCCCAUUGGUCCUGUGCUGUUCAUUUCUCCGUGGAACAGUCCCACGUAUCUGGCAACUCGCGGGAUCGCCACGGCGCUGGCUGCAGGCUGCACGGUCGUCCUCAAAGCCUCAGAGCUCUGUCCGGCGACUUACCACAUGAUCUGCCAAGUGUUUGCCGACGCCGGCAUACCAGAAGGUGUGCUGAACCAGAUCGUGGUACGUCGUGAAGACGCCGCCACGGUCACCGAAGCCAUCAUUGCGGAUCCACGAAUCCGCAAGGUCGAGUUCAUUGGAAGCGCGACAGUGGGCAAGAUCAUCGGGCAGCUGUGCGGCAAGUACUUGAAGCCAAUUUUGAUGGAGCUGGGCGGCAAGUGCCCCGUCAUUAUUUGCGAGGAUGCCGAUCUGGCCAGGGCUGCCAAGGCGGCUGCUUUCGGUGCGUUCCUCCACCACGGACAGAUCUGCAUGUCCACCGAGCGCAUCAUUGUGGUCAAGUCUGUUGCAGAUGAAUUCACCAGUCUACUCAAGGCGGAGGUCAAGGGCUGGAGCCAGAUGUCAGGCUACGCUGCGAGCAAGGAGUUUGCUAGUAAGGCACAUCUUGCGUUGGAGGAGGCCAAGAAGGAGGGAGCUGAGUUUAUUGUUGGCGAUAACUCCUUCCAGGAUGAGCACAAAGCCAGUCUCACUCCCACCAUUGUGACAGGUGUUAGUCCCAGCUCCAGGCUAUACGAUGAGGAAACUUUUGGCCCAUCUUCCUCUCUGUACAUUGUCGAAGAUGAGGAGGCUGGUCUCGAGUUAGCCAAUUCAUCCAAAUAUGGGCUCGUUGGCGGAGUGUGGACAAAGGAUGUUAUGCGUGGGAUGGCUUUAUGCAAGAGACUGGAAUGCGGUGUCGUCACAGUUAAUAAGGGGACCAUGUUGACAGAGAUCCCUCCUAACGCAUCUGCUGGCGCAGCGAAAGGCAGUGGUUGGGGUCUUUCGGGUGGAUAUGAGGGUAUCCGAGAGUUUUUGCAUCUGAAGGGGAUUAUAGUCUCGGCAUGA